UAAUCCUGCACGCUGGAGGAGGCAAGAAUGGCGACCGGCGGCAUCGUCUUCCUCGCGACGGCUCCGCCGUCCUCGCUCUCCGGCGAGGCCCGUGUCGGAGGGAAGGUCAAGUUGCAGCAUGGCUUCCCGCCCCUCUCUCUCCGCGCCUCUCGCGCUCCGUUCAAGCAGAACACGCCCGCUUCUUCCCUCGCGCGCCGCGGUUGCUCCGUGUCGGCUUGCCUUCCUUCUUCUUCUUCUUCGUCGUCUUCGUCCUCGGAUUCCGGUCCUCCUCCUUCCAGCCGCUCGAGCAAGAAGCUCUACGUCAGCGGGCUUUCUUUUCGGACCACUGAGGAGAGUUUAAGGAAUGCUUUCAAGAACUUUGGUCAGCUUGUGGAAGUUAAUCUGGUGAUGGAUAAGAUUGCAAAUAGACCAAGAGGAUUUGCUUUCCUUCGGUAUGCAACUGAGGAAGAGGCUCAAAGAGCCAUUGAAGGGAUGCAUGGGAAGUUUUUGGAUGGCAGGGUGAUAUUUGUGGAAGUUGCAAAACCAAGGUCGGAGCUCCGCCAAAUCCAAAGACAGAACCCGAGAUAGCAUUGGAGAACCUGAAAACCACCCUUUUUAUGGUUGCAUCUUCUGUCUUCGAUCGAUGGAAAGAGAGAGAGAGAGAGAGAGAGAGAGAGAGUCUAAAGCUUUUUAGGUUAUGCUCUCCGAAGGCAAUGUAGUGUUGUAGGAGCGCGAAUGUGAUGCAUUCUUCUUAACUUUUAUUGUUUGUCCGCUUUCAUUGAAAGUCUAAAAAGUCUAUUUUCCUUAGCUGGCCUGCAGUUCUAUAGCCGUCUUUUAUGAAUUCCUAGUUCGAAAUGGUGGGUAUCCUCAUAGGCACUGAAUAUCGAGAACAGAGUAGAUCUCACUCUGAAACUGCGGACAGCUAAUCUUUCAAGGUCUCUCAGACCAAAUUGAUAAAGGUUCCUUUGCAGAGCUGCAGAUGAA